ACCUUUUGUAAGACUUUGGUUUUAUAUUUGUUCUAACCGGUGACUACUCACAAAACAGAAUAUUGCAUUUCUAUUGGCUGCUGUAUGUAGAAUAAAUAUACGGUCACUCAGUGAAAGUUUACAAGUCACUGGACCUUUGAGCAACACAGGCUUUUGACCAGCAUAAUUUUUUUCUAUUUACAAAAGUUAAGGAUUUGGUUCUGUAUUCUGUAUUAUUUUUCAGUUUUUUGGAGUAAACAUACAAAAGAAGAACUUUGCGUUAAGACCUUUCCUUUCCGUCAUCGGUGUGCUGAGUGCAAAAAACGUUAUGGUCCAAAGCUGGUGAGGCAGAUGCUGCUUCAACCACAGAUCAGAAACACAGUGAUGAUCAGCUGGUGAUUAGUUUUCUUCAUCAAACUGUGAGGUGUUUUUAUUUCCUGGAAUGAAGCUGUCGUCUGCAGCAUUAAAGUCAGUUUGGUUCCUGGAAGAAGUUGUUCUUUGGUACUUGUGUAACUACUGAAGAUGGGGUAUCUUCGUCCAGAAGUCUUCGUGCCUGAACUUCCAAUAGUAUCAAUGUUGACACCGAAGUUCCCCAGAGGUUCAUGCAGACAGGGGUCAGAAACAACAGGCUGAUUAACUGAAACAUUUUUACUGAGACACGUAAAAGAAGAUCCUUCUUCCAGGUCAUAAGACACACCCAGCACUCUGGACUCUGAACUCUGUCAAUCAUCAAACCUUGUAUCACAUUUAUUACUUGUUUGCACUGGAUACAGCAUGUUUAUAUCUCCUUAUAUUUGCACAUUGAACCUUUGUCUCUGCAGAUCAACCUCUGAGCUUCCUCGCAUUUACAACAAGGUUUUCGAGUCUACAGUAAAAACUCUGUUCACAGAAUCACAUGAUUGUUGUUUCACACUUGUUCCAGCUAGUUACAGCAUGUUAGUCUUGAUGGACUGGCUUGGUGGAGGACAGAUUGAUUACUCUGUGACCCUUUCCAACAUUUGAAAGAUAAGAAAGAAAGACAAAUAAAAAUAGUGCCAAGUGACCUCUACUGCUCAGUAGAAGCAAAAAAAAAAAAAGAGAGGAACAAACAGAGCAGGAUCAGCUGAUCUGUGUGCAACACCAGUGAUGUGUGUUUCCUCUGCAGGUGAAGGUGUGUGUGUGAGGUGAUGUGGAGGUGAAUUCAGCAGAAUGGAUCAGUGUCAGGACGGAGAGGAGGGAGUCCCUCCCUCUAAAACCUCUCUGUGUGGGGAACAUGAGAGUCGGAGCAAAGCUCAGAGGAAUCAACCUGGACCUGGACCUGUACCCAGCUGUGUGUCCUUGAAGAGCGACCACUCAAAAGGGAUGAUAAUUAUCUUUAAAGGAGACCAACAGUCUUCUUCAGAGAGAGUGGACCAGCAGAGCUCAGAGCCUCCCAGCGGUCCGUCUGUCCAGCAGCAUCAGACACAGCUGGACUCCAUAUUUCUGCUACUGGAGGACAACAUUGUCAUGUAUGUGAAGAACGAGCUGAAGAAGAUCCAGAGAGUUCUGAGUCCAGAUUACCCAGAAUGCCUAGAGCAUCUGUUGGAGGGUGAGGAUGAAGAGCAGACGAGGAGCAGCAGAGAUGCGUUUGUGAAGAUCACAGUGAACUUCCUGAGGAGAAUGAAGCAGGAGGAGCUGGCUGAGCGUCUGCAGAGAAGUACUUUUGCUGCAGUUUCUAAAAAGCGUCUUAGGUCUAAGCUGAAGAAGAAGUCCCAGUGUGUGUUUGAGGGGAUUGUUAAAGCAGGAAACCCAACCCUUCUGAAGCAGAUCUACACAGAGCUCUACAUCACAGAGGGAGGGACUGGAGAGGUCAACAAUGAACAUGAAGUCAGACAGAUUGAAGCAGCUUCCAGGAAACCACACAGAGCAGAAACAACCAUCAGACAGAAAGACAUAUUUAAACUCCCACCUGGAAGAGAUGAACCAAUCAGAACAGUGAUGACGAAGGGAGUGGCUGGUAUCGGGAAAACAGUCCUGACACAGAAGUUCACUCUGGACUGGGCUGAAGGCAAAGCCAGCCAGGACAUCCAGUUCCUGCUUCCAUUGACCUUCAGAGAGCUGAAUGUGCUGAAAGACAGAAAGUUCAGCUUGGUGGAACUUGUUCAUCACUUCUUCACAGAAACCAGAGAAAUCUGCAGCUUUGAAGAGUUCCAGGUCGUGUUCAUCUUUGACGGUCUGGAUGAGAGUCGACUUCCUCUGGACUUCCACAACAAUGAGGUUGUGACUGAUGUUACAGAGUCCACCUCAGUGGAUGUGCUGCUGACAAACCUAAUCAGGGGGAACCUGCUUCCUUCUGCUCGUCUCUGGAUCACCACACGACCCGCAGCAGCCAAUCAGAUCCCUCCUGCGUGUGUCUCCAUGGUGACGGAGGUCAGAGGGUUCACUGACCCACAGAAGGAGGAAUACUUCAGGAAGAGGUUCAGAGAAGAGGAGCAGACCAGCAGGAUCAUCUCCCACAUCAAGACAUCACGAAGCGUCCACAUCAUGUGCCACAUCCCAGUCUUCUGCUGGAUCACUGCUACGGUCCUGGAGAAAGUUCUGGAAACCAGAGAUGGAGGGAUGCUGCCCAAGACCCUGACUGAGAUGUACAUCCACUUCCUGGUGGUCCAGGCCAAGCUGAAGAGGGUCAAGUAUGAUGGAGGAGCUGAGACGGAUCCACACUGGAGUCCAGAGAGCAGGAAGAUGGUGGAGUCUCUGGGAAAACUGGCUUUUGAACAGCUGCAGAAAGGAAACCUGAUCUUCUAUGAACCAGACCUGAGAGAGUGUGGCAUCGAUGUCAGAGAGGCUUCAGUGUACUCAGGAGUGUUCACCCAGAUAUUUAGAGAGGAGAGCAGCCUGUACCAGGACCAGGUCUUCUGCUUCAUCCAUCUGAGUGUUCAGGAGUUUCUGGCUGCUCUUCAUGUCCAUCAGACCUUCAUCAAGUCUGGAGUCAACCUGCUGGAGAAACAAAAGAACACCUCGUGGUGGUUUAAAACAAGAGCAGAGACUGACGUCCAUCAGAAGGCUGUGGACAAGGCCUUGCAGAGUCCAAACGGACACCUGGACUUGUUCCUCCGCUUCCUCCUGGGUCUUUCACUGGAGACCAAUCAGACUCUCCUACGAGGUCUGUUGGAAUCAGAACAAAGAAGUUCAAAGAACAAUCAGCACACAGUUGAAUACAUCAAGAAGAAGAUCAGUGAGGAUCUGUCUGCAGAGAAAAGCAUCAACCUGUUCCACUGUCUGAAUGAACUGAACGCUGGUUCUCUGGUGGAGGAGGUCCAACGGUCACUGAGGUCAGGACGUCUCUCCACAGAUAAACUGUCUCCUGCUCAGUGGUCGGCUCUGGUCUUCAUCUUACUGUCAUCAGAAGAUCUGGAGGUGUUUGACCUGAAGAAAUACUCAGCUUCAGAGGAGGUUCUACGGAGGCUGCUGCCGGUGGUCAAAGCCUCCAAGAAAGUUUUGUAAGGACCAACACGGACACAUCUGUUUUAAUUACAAUUACAUGUUGUGUUCUUGGAGGAAACCAGUUAAAUUCACUGUUCAACUAAGUUCAGGUUCAUGUGGGACCAGUUCUCAUCAAUAAUUCACCUCAGGAAACUUUACAUGCAGAGAGAGAAGAGAAGAGAAGAGAAGAGAAGCGAAAUGCAGCGAUCACUAUGAUCAAUACUUAUUAUUAGUUGAAAUAAUCAGCAUUCAUUGAUAUUAUAUCAUUUAUUUCUUUGUUAAAUGACAAUCAACUUUUAUAUAACCUCAUCAUUUCUCUUAAAAUCUCCUCUGCAGGUUGAGUGGUUGUAACCUCUCAGAGGACAUCUGUGCAGAUCUGUCCUCAGUUCUCAGCUCUCAGUCCUCCAGUCUGACAGAACUGGACCUGAGUAACAACCACCUGAAGAAUUCAGGACUGA